GCCGAGGAGCGCGCACGGCAUGGCGGCGGCGGCGGCGCGCCGCGGGUAGAGGGACGCCGGCCCCGCUCAGGCCUCGGCGCGGCCUCCACGCCCGGCUCGCCCGCGCCCCCCGGCCCGCGCCCGGCCAUGGCGGAGCCCGCGCCCGCCCGGCGCCCGGUGCCCCUCGUCGAGUCGGAGCUCUACUUCCUCAUCGCCCGCUACCUGUCGGCCGGCCCGUGCCGCAGGGCCGCGCAGGUGCUGGUGCAGGAGCUGGAGCAGUACCAGCUGCUGCCCAAGAGGCUGGACUGGGAGGGCCACGAGCACAGCAGGAGCUACGAGGAAUUGGUCUUAUCCAAUAAGCAUGUGGCUCCUGAUCAUCUUUUGCAAAUCUGCCAGCGCAUCGGCCCCAUGUUGGAUAAAGAAAUUCCACCCAGUAUUUCAAGAGUCACUUCUUUACUUGGUGCAGGAAGGCAGUCUUUGCUACGUACAGCAAAAGACUGCAGGCACACAGUGUGGAAGGGCUCUGCCUUUGCUGCUCUUCACAGAGGAAGACCCCCCGAAAUGCCGGUGAAUUACGGUUCCCCACCCAGUCUUGUGGAGAUCCAUCGAGGGAAACAACUCACAGGGUGUUCCACUUUUAGCACAGCGUUUCCAGGAACUAUGUAUCAGCACAUAAAAAUGCACAGAAGGAUUCUCGGUCACCUGUCUGCUGUUUACUGUGUAGCGUUUGAUAGGACAGGACAUAGAAUCUUUACAGGUUCAGAUGACUGUUUGGUGAAGAUUUGGUCAACGCACAAUGGCCGCCUAUUAUCCACGUUAAGAGGCCAUUCUGCUGAAAUUUCAGACAUGGCGGUCAACUAUGAGAACACGAUGAUUGCGGCAGGGAGCUGCGAUAAAAUCAUUCGAGUGUGGUGCUUAAGGACGUGUGCCCCAGUGGCUGUGCUCCAGGGCCACACAGGCUCCAUCACGUCCUUGCAGUUCAGCCCGAUGGCCAAAGGGCCCCAAAGAUACAUGGUCUCCACGGGUGCCGACGGGACCGUGUGCUUCUGGCAGUGGGAUCUGGAGUCCCUCAAGUUCAGCCCACGUCCCCUGAAGUUCACUGAAAAGCCCAGACCAGGUGUUCAGAUGCUUUGCUCUUCUUUCAGUGUUGGUGGUAUGUUUUUAGCUACAGGGAGUACUGAUCAUGUAAUCAGGAUGUAUUUUUUGGGUUUUGAAGCACCCGAAAAAGUUGCAGAACUUGAAAGCCACACUGAUAAGGUUGAUAGUAUCCAGUUUUGUAACAAUGGAGAUCGGUUCUUAAGUGGUAGCCGAGAUGGAACGGCACGGAUUUGGAGAUUUGAGCAGUUAGAAUGGAGAAGCAUUUUGUUGGACAUGGCUACCAAAAUCUCAGGGGAUUUAUCUUCCGAAGAGGAGAAGUUUAUGAAACCCAAGGUAACCAUGAUAGCUUGGAACCAGAACGAUAGCAUUGUGGUCACUGCCGUGAACGACCAUGUCCUCAAAGUGUGGAACUCUUAUACUGGACAGCUGCUUCAUAACUUACUGGGACAUGCUGAUGAAGUAUUUGUUUUGGAGACCCAUCCCUUUGAUUCCAGAAUUAUGUUAUCUGCAGGACAUGAUGGCAGCAUAUUUAUUUGGGAUAUUACAAAAGGCACCAAGAUGAAACAUUAUUUUAACAUGAUUGAAGGACAAGGACAUGGAGCUGUAUUUGACUGUAAGUUCUCCCAGGAUGGACAACACUUUGCCUGUACGGAUUCUCAUGGGCAUCUUCUGAUAUUUGGUUUUGGAUGCAGCAAGCCAUAUGAAAAGAUUCCCGAUCAGAUGUUCUUCCAUACUGACUACCGGCCACUGAUUAGGGACUCGAAUAAUUACGUCUUAGAUGAGCAAACGCAGCAGGCGCCUCAUCUCAUGCCCCCACCGUUUUUGGUCGAUGUUGAUGGAAACCCACAUCCAACCAAGUAUCAGAGAUUAGUACCAGGCCGAGAAAAUUCUGCUGAUGAACAUUUGGUUCCACAACUUGGCUAUGUGGCAACAAGUGAUGGGGAGGUAAUCGAACAAAUCAUCAGUCUCCAGACCCAUGACAAUGGGGACCGAAGCCCGGAGUCCAGUGUCCUGGACGGAAUGAUACGACAGUUGCAGCUGCAGCAAGACCAGCGACUGGGGGCUGCUCAGGAGGCUGUGCCCAGUGGGCUUCCGGACGGCGAAGGGACUCCACGGAGAGGCUUUAGGCGACUGAGCCUGGACAUGCAGUCCCCUCCGAACAUCGGCCUGCGCCGGAGCGGGCAAGUGGAAGGUGUUCGCCAGAUGCACCAGAACGCGCCCCGGAGCCAGAUUGCCACAGAGCGGGACCUGCAGGCUUGGAAGCGAAGAGUGGUUGUCCCAGAGGUACCACUAGGCAUAUUUAGGAAGCUGGAAGACUUCAGAAUCGAGAAAGGUGAGGAGGAAAGAAAUCUUUAUAUCAUUGGAAGGAAAAGGAAGACUUUCCAGCUUGCACAAAAGUCUGUUCCAGUGGUUCUGAUGUCACAGUCUCGGCAGAGGACGUGUCGACGUAAAUAUCCAAAUUAUGGGAGAAGAAAUCUUGGACGACUUGAGUUAUCUUCUGAAAAUGAAUCUUCAAGCUCUGUAAGACAUGAGACAUCUUGUGAUCAGAGUGAAGGUUCUUGUUCUUCCGAAGAAGAAGAGUGGAAAAGUGAUAGAAGAAGUCCAAGUGACAGCGAAAGUUCCAGUGAUUCUUCAUCCCGAUACUCCGAUUGGACAGCUGACGCGGGCAUCAAUUUGCAGCCUCCCUUACGGACUUCCUCACGUCGACGAGUGACUCGAUUCUGUAGCAGUUCAGAAGAUGAAAUGUCUACAGAGAAUUUAUCUCCUCCAAAAAGAAGACGAAAGAGGAAGAAAGGAAACAAGCCCAAAAAAGAGAAUUUGAGGAGAAUGUCUCCUGCAGAAUUUUCAAAUAUGGAUCAUUUAUAUGAGUUUCAUCCUCCAAUUUGGAUAACAGAUACCACACUUCGAAAGUCUCCUUUUGUUCCUCAAAUGGGGGAUGAGGUAAUAUAUUUUCGACAGGGUCAUGAAGCUUACAUUGAUGCAGUUAGAAAAAAUAAGACUUACGAAUUGAACCCUAAUAAGGAACCUUGGAGAAAAAUGGAUCUUAGGGAUCAAGAGUUGGUGAAAAUAGUUGGAAUUCGAUACGAGGUUGGGCCCCCUACACUCUGCUGCCUGAAACUGGCCUUCAUAGACCCAGCAACUGGGAAACUCGGGGACAAGUCCUUCUCUAUCAGGUACCACGACAUGCCAGAUGUCAUUGACUUUCUUGUGUUGCGACAAUUUUAUGAUGAAGCAAGACAGAGAAACUGGAAGCCUAACGACCGCUUCCGCUCCAUCAUCGAUGACGCGUGGUGGUUUGGGACAGUGCUGCGGCAGGAGCCCUUCCAGUCGCAGUAUCCCGACAGUCACUUCCAGUGUUACGUGGUGAGUUGGGACAAUACUGAAACAGAAAAACUUAGCCCAUGGGACAUGGAACCAAUUCCUGAUAAUGUUGAGCCUCCUGAGGAAAUAGGAGCUAGCAUCUCUGUCACUUCGGACGAGCUAGAGAGGCUGCUCUACAAGCCGCAGGAUGGCGAGUGGGGCCUGAGGUCUCGGGACGAAGAGUGUGAGCGCAUCAUUGGGGGCAUCGACCAGCUCUUGAACAUGGAUAUAGCAGCAGCAUUUGCAGGCCCAGUCGAUCUCUGUACAUACCCGAAGUACUGUACUGUAGUCGCCUACCCGACUGACCUCUACACCAUUCGAAUGAGACUUGUGAACCGCUUUUACAGGAGAUUAUCUGCAUUAGUCUGGGAAGUCAGAUAUAUCGAACAUAAUGCCAGGACAUUCAAUGAACCUGGGAGUGUUAUUGCGAGGUCAGCUAAGAAGAUAACUGACCAACUUUUGAAAUUUAUCAAGAAUCAAGAUUGUACAAACAUCUCAGAACUUUCUAACACCUCUGAAAAUGAUGAGCAAAAUGCUGAGGACUUGGAUGAUAGUGAUCUCCCGAAGACAUCUUCUGGAAGAAGGAGAGUCCGUGAUUGGAAUAGAAGGAACAUCAAAGCAUCCAACUAUAUUGAAAAUAACUGGAAGAGACAGUGUAAGGAACUUGUGAACUUAAUAUUUCAGUGCGAAGAUUCUGAACCAUUUAGACAACCCGUUGAUUUGGUUGAAUAUCCAGACUAUCGCGAUAUCAUAGAUACUCCAAUGGAUUUUGGAACAGUACGGGAAACUUUAGAAGCAGGAAAUUAUGACAGCCCCUUGGAGUUUUGCAAAGAUAUUCGGUUGAUAUUUACCAACGCAAAAGCAUAUACACCAAACAAAAGAUCAAAGAUUUAUAGUAUGACCUUGAGAUUGUCUGCGUUAUUUGAAGAAAAAAUGAAGAAAAUCUAUUAUGAUUUUAAAAUUGGUCAAAAAUUCAAUGAAAAACUUCGAAGAAGCCAGAGGUUCAAGAGAAGACAAAAUUGUAACCGUGUCUAUAAAGCUAACCAAAGUAUCAGAAAUAACAAGCAGAAGCGGCCGAAAUCUCAGACAAAAGGAAUUCCUGAGCUGGUAGGUUCUCCCACGGCGUCCACCUCAAGCCGGGCAGCUUACUCUGCCCACCACGGGACAGAUGCCUCUUCGGGCGUCGCUUCUGACUCGUCAGACUCUGGUGGCUCCUCCGAGAGAGUGAAAAGAAGUCGACCCGUCCCGCUGACAAAUGGGUCUCUGUUGUCAGCGUCCGAGAGUUCGGAGGAGAGCCCCGGGGGUGCUCGGGCCAGCGAGUCCUCGAGGAGCGGCCGCCUCCGGAUGACCAGAACCCGAGCCGCCCAGAGGAACUCGGGGAGGAGACCCGGGGGUCAAGUUUGUUUAGAAAACGGCUGUGGCCGAAAAGCCACUCGGAAGCGAGUCUACUUGAGCGACUCCGACACCAACCCCCUGGAGCUCGGCGAGCGUCUGAAAGGCAGGGCUGGGGGCAGCCGCAAGGUGCUGCGCAGGUGCGCGGCCGUGGCCGCCAACAAGAUCAAGCUCAUGAGCGACGUGGAGGAGAACUCCAGCUCCGAGAGCCCGUGCUCCGGCCGCAGGGUGCCGCCCCGCAACGCCUCUGCCGUUGCCCGCAAGAAGCUCCUGCACAACUCUGAGGAUGAGCAGAGCCUCAAGUCAGAAGGGGACGAGGAGGACCGCCCAGGUGAGAAGCCCCCGUCGCCCGCGCCGCACACCGCCAAUGGCCUGGACAGCGCGGACUCCGAGUCGGACGGCGACGUGCGGGCGGCCCGGAAACCCUGGCACGCCAACGGGUCUCGACCCCACCCGCCCGCCGCCUCGAAGGCAAAGUUCCUGAAGAUAGAGUCUUCCGAGGAGGACGACGACAGGAGUCACGAUUCGGAUGGUGGGCCUGACAGAACUGCGGGCCCGUCGACGUCCGGGCAGACGCUGAAGUCGGAGAGUGUAUCAGAGGAGGAGGAAGCCGAGUCCGACCCCGGGAAGGCUGCGGAGCGGAAGCACAGUGCGAGCCGGAAGAACGCGGCUUUUCUUAAGAAAGCCAAGAUUUUCAGCGACUCCGAGGACUCAGAAUCUGAAAAACAAGAUGCGGGAGAUGGCGGGCGGCUGGGCCAGGACCGGAGCCCAGCCUCGGGACCCCCGGCGACCGAGCCCGCUGCGGGAGCCCCGCGCUGCGCCCAGCCUUCUGAGGCUGACUCGGAGUCCGACGGCAGCAAAGCCAGAGGCAGGGCCAGCACCUCUAUGAAAGAUUCUCCUCUGCAAGAGCUCAGCCAGCGGCGCAAAGUUUCCAGGAAGAGGGUCUGUUCCAGUGACUCCGACGGUAACUCCAAGGAGGUGAAAAGGUCACCCAGAGCCAGGAGUGGCCUCCUAAGGAGUCCCCGGAGGUGUGCGGCUAAUGCUGCCAGUAAGAUCAGGCUUCGGAGCACUGUGCAGGUGAGCGCAGACAGUGUCUGUACGAGGAGCAAGACCGGAAGGAGGAGGCCGCUCCAGUUAGCCUCUGCCACAGCCGAGAAGGGAGCGAGUGACUCCGAGGGAGAGGGCUGCUGUGACGUGCCAAACGAGAAGCGUGUGGGCAGGGGGGGGCCGCCCGGCGCAGAAGGCGGCGCCCGUAGCCCUCCUCCGGUCAUGAAUGCAGACUCAGACUCUGAGGGGGCCUGCAGUUCCCUGCCCAGGAGCACGCGUGCCAGUGGCCACAAGGCUAAUGUUGCACCUUCUAAAACUAAGAAUUCCGUAGUCGGGUCUUCCGAGGAAGAUUCCAGAAGCCAUAUGCCAGAGGGUGAGGCGGGCGCGGCGGCGGCGGCCUUGGCUGAGAAAGCGCUGGCUGAGAACAGCUUUGAAGAGGAGCUGAAUUACGGGCUGCGCCGGUGGAACGGCAGAAGACUCAGGACCUACGGGAAGGCGCCCUUCGGCAAGGCCGAGGGGAGGCCGGGGUCCCCGCAGCCCGCUGGCGCGGAGCUGAGGAGGAAGAGAGUGCAUCCGGACCCGGGAAGCGCCCAACCCCCCGAAGCAUCGGAGGGUCCCCAGGGCGGGUCCGCGCCCCCGCCCCCGUCCGAGUCAGAGCUGGGAUCUGGGACCGAGUCAGAGGCUGACUGCGCCGUGGACACGAAAACCAAAAAGAGGAAAACGAAAGGCAAAGCUAAAGCCGUCCAGAAGGGCAGAUCUCCUCCGGCGGCCGUGUCUCGGACUGGGCGGCCGCAGAGGCAGAGCAAACGGCCGAGGUUCAGCAUGGACGACAACGACUGGGAGGACCUGGACUCGGCCAAGUCUCAAAGAGUCCUGCGACGUUCCAAAAUAAAGACGAGAAAUCAGGGUAGGAGGACUGUGAGGUACCAUGAUGGCGAUGACGAGAGGAGCUUGGAGAACGUGGCCGAGCUUGACGAUUGCACCUUAUGACCUGCGGGGACCGGUUCACGGAGAGGGAUGGACUGGGGCCCACGGGAGAGCUGGCUGUUGGAAUUAUUUUUGUCCUACAAUUCAGGGAAUAUAUUUAUAUUUUUCUAUGAAAAGUUAUGAAUGUGACUAAAUCAUGACUGUUAUUUUUAUUUGCACUUGCUUGCCUUUGUAGCAGCAUUCAGCACAGGUGCCAAAAUAUGCUUCAUUGUGGGGGCAGCCGCCAUCUGACAGUAUUCGGUGACAUCUCGCGCUGGUCGGAACCAUGGUCAGCACCAGGCGCUUGGGCGGCGGGGCCGGGUGGCCUUUCCUUGGUGAUAGCAAGUGUCAUGGCAGUUAUUCUGGGAAUUUGUCAAGAGGUGGUAGUUCCCUAACCCCUGUCCUCUGCUAGUGUAACAAUUCCAUGUGACACAUGUUUACAGAUUCUUCAUGACUAUUAUGUGUAUACUGACGUUACAAUCAUGGGAGGUGUAACCAUGAUCAGUAGGCGAGGUACCUAGCACUCCCCCACCCCCCACCCCACCCCCGUUACCGAUUAGAAAGCAUUAUACCAGAUUUGGUCUCAUUUUCAUUGAAAUGGUUUCAGUUUUCUUUCCAAAUGCUGUUUGUUCUUUCUCUCUCCUCUCUUUCUCUGUCUCUUUCUCUCUAAGGAAAAUAUCAUCACUUUUAUUUUAUAAACUUGAAUUUAUAAAGUGCUGGUAAAUUAUUUUUUAAGAAUGUGUUUUGAUUGUAUAUUUUAAACCUUUAAGGCCAGACCAUAGCCUAGCAUUUUCUUUGAAUUGUGCACUAACAAAAUGCUAUUGUCUUUCCAAGAUCUUCUGGUUUCCAUGGAAGGGGGUUAACCAAAAUCUUGGUCUUCCAUAGUCUUACUCUGUGAAAUAGAGGAGUUUGUGUGCCUUAGGUAUAGGAAAAGUGUGUUCUUGAAUAGCGUGUACAGGGCUGGAGAGUAUUUAGGUUCCAUGUCGGUUCCCCCGUUUCUAUUGGAGGUUGUGGAGUGAGUCCGGAGUGCAAUCCCAGUCUCUUGGAGGUGAGGCCAUCCUUGGCCGUCCUUCUCCACCCACGUGCUGUCGCUCUCUGUUGCCACGUGCGAUCCCAAGCGCUCCCUGUUGGCCAGGGCAAAUGAGGAUGUUUCUGUUAGUGACCUCCGACCUAAGUGGAAGGAAUGGUCAUGUUUUGUGGGGAAGUCAUUUUGGGAUCCAUUUAAAGUGAAACUUGUAUCGCAUCAUAAGAAAUCUCACUUAUUUUCGAGCCAAAUGUUUUUGUACUUGAUCCGAGCUACUCUGAGCAGUGCAGGGGACUGUCCCUAGCACCCCUGUGCCUGAAAGAUGGACUUGCUCCGAUGGUUUACACAUUUGCUCGGGAAAGGGGUCUGGUCACACUACUCCGGGCAUUGCUGUUCAUUGACCCCGACUGACUUUGGUUUCAGAGUGAUGAACCUUUUCCCUGCAUGUGCUUACGGUGGCAGCGAGGGGAGACGUCAGCUCAGCGUUCUGGACCUUGAGAAGUGUCCAGGGGACACUUCUGCCUGCUGGACACGUCUGCCCUGGGGCAAGUGUCUUGCGGGGCAUCUAGUGAGAUAGGUGCGAGGCCCGCGUCCCUGGUGGUGGUCAGAGAGCCUGGCCCUGCUCAGGACGCGCGCGUAGGCUGCAGCAGACAGAAGGGUUUAGGAGAAUUGACCUGAAAGGAUUUAAUGGGAAUGCUCUUUACUUGCCGAAUUAAAAAAUGGUGAUGGAUGUCAUAUCCAUUAAAUUAUUUAAAUUCUUCUUAAGCUUUUUUUGUUUUAUAUCUAUUCUCAGGGUUAUAACUCCAUGUUUACCAUCAUCUGCAAAAAGGUACCAAAAAAAUCCAUAAAAUGAUGGGAUACAUUCAUAAAUACUUUAUUUUGGUAAAGUGACCCUAGGACCAUUUAGGCUUCCUUAGCAGAACCAGUCUUCUGGGCUGAAGUACCUGGUCUUGUUUGAUCUGGUCAACCAAUUAGUAAUGUUUGAUUUUGUCCAAAUGGUUAUAUUUUUGUGAAUAGAAGCAGUAUUUUGGUUUUAUUUGAAAAUAUAAAGCGUAAGAGUUGGGCGGGUGACUUUGAAAGCAUGAUUGGCAAUGGUAGUAAUUUCUCAAGUUCUGAAGUAAAACUAAGGGAUGAUAGAAUCAUUUUUAUGGGGUUUUUUGGGUCAUGGUGCUAUUACUAAGGUUAUCUUUGAAUAUGUGACACACUCCUGAGUACCUGUAGGGGAAAUUAAUAAAUUAAUAGUUCCGAAUGUUUACAUUGAGCACUAGAACAUGUUUGACUUUUCUUCUACUUUUCUUCUGCGAAAUGUGCAGGGAUUAAAAUGCACAGCUGUACUUUAAUGUUGGGGAUCAGUUUUUUUUGGGGGGGGUGUGGUGAUGAAAAAUGACAGAGGGUUACACAUGGAAUGUGAACUGAUCCAAAAGUGCUCUCGCUUUUCAUUGCACUUGAAGUAACGUAAUGGUGUGUAUAAAGAACAGACUACUACUGUGAUUGUGUAUGUCCAGAGUCCUAUGGUUUGGCUCACUUAUGGCUUAAAGAGGGGGUUGAAGUAUAUGGAUUUGAUUGUUAAAGCCUUGGAAAGACUAAUUUUACCAAGCAUAUUAAGAAAAUAUUUCAAACAUUUACAAAGUAGGUGAGAUUUAUGACUUUUUUUUUUAAGAUCCUAAUUUAGAAAUAAUCUUUGACAAUGUGUAGUCACUUGUGAAUAAAAGGAAAAGUUUAUCACAUUUUCAGAUAAUUCAUAGGUGGACCUGCUUCAUUUUUUAUUUUAGGGCUAAAUCUCUGAUUGAAUUCUUCCCUCUUUCGUAUCCUUGGGAAAAGAAGGAGAAAUUAGUUACAGUGUCUAACACACAAGCUUCUAAAUAGUUGAGUUGUACCAAAAGGGGAAUUAGUUUUAUAAGACAAAGAGUGGAGGGGAAAGAACAUUGAGGAAGAGGUGCUUUGAGACCUAGGUGCUCCCCUGGACCCCUUCAGCAAGCAAAAACAAGAGUCGCUCUAAAACCACCUGAGGGUACUGCUGUCCAGAAUCUUGCUCAGAAGGCUUGGGUAGGCGUUCUUCCCGACAGAUGCCAAGUCCGUGCCGUCCUCUCCCCUCUCCGAGCGCCCUGCAUCGCCCCUGUAGAGUAACCAGAGCACAGAAUAUAUUAACAUCACUGUAUGGUAUUAAGAACUAAAUCGAAAGGAUUCUAAUCUCAGUUUUGUUAGUGCAAAUGGAAUCUGAUUGUGCCACUUGAAAAAAAAAAUUAAAGGUUGUAUUGUCAGAAUGUAAGAACACUAUUAAAGGUGCAAUACAGAAUU